AUGUCUCAAAGCAAUAUCUCUGUAAAUGAGAAUGGAUGGAUUAAAUGGUAUUGCAAUUUGGAAGACCAUCACUUUUUUUGUGAAAUUGAUGAAUUUUUUAUAGCAGAUUAAUUUAAUCUUUAUGGAUUGAAGUAGUUGUUUGAUCAUUUUGAAGAAGCAUUAUAAAUGAUUUUAUCACCAAAUACUCCAACAGAUGAAGAUUUAGAGGAUGAUUAGUAUUAAAUGAAAAAUUAUACAUCAGAAUUAUAUGGUUUAUUGCAUGCAAGAUUCAUAAUCACUCCUUAAGGCUUAACAUUAAUGAAAUCCAAAUAUUUAUAAGGGAGAUUUGGUGUAUGUCCUAGAGUCUUGUGUGAGAGAUAGAAUGUAUUACCAAUAGGUCUAAGCCAUGAUCUAAGAACUUCUCGAGUCAAAAUAUUUUGUCCAAGAUGUUAGGAUGUUUAUUCUCCAAAAAAAUAAAUGAGUGAUGUUGACGGUUCAUUUUUUGGUUCCGUAUUCCCUCAUAUCUUUAUAUCUGUAUUUUCGGAAUUAAAUCCUACAUAGCCAGCAAAUGAAUAUGUGUCAAAAAUAUUUGGAUUUAAAGUACAUAAAAAGAAAGGUUCAAAAUUUUAAAUUCAAUAAAAUUAAACUGAGAUGUAUUAUUAUGCAGAAGAUCACAUAAAGCGACUAUCUCAAAUACAGACUUCAUAACAAUAAUAAUCAUAAUCUAAAUAAUCUCAGAAAAAUGAUGAUGAAGCUGAAAAAAAAUAAAAAGAAGCUUUAAAUGCCAUCUAAAAGUUAUCUAAAUAAAAGUAAAAAAAAUGA